GGGUCGACUCAAGCGGAGAGGAGAGAGAGAAUAUAAUAUGUCAGGAUUUUGUUACAAGGAAGUGGGUCGAGUUAUUUAUAUUUCAACACUCGUCCUCUCGCACCCGAGGGAGAACCAGUGGUAGUAACCUGAAACCAUAUGUUCAAACAUUGUCUGGUUCUGGAUGCAUCGAACUGGUAGAGAACAAUUGGCUUCAUGUUGAGGACCGGUGAGGACCACGAAGAAGAUAUCUGUAAAUGUGAAUAACGAAAAGACAGUGACCCUGUGAGGGAUUCAACAUUGGCAGAGGUGUUGGGAUGAAGCUCCAUGAGAAGAUUUUGACCCAUUACCUUUCAUGCACCUCCCCAGUAGAUAAAGAGGGAUAUCUCUACAAAAAGAAAGAGAGAAAUGCCACCUACCAGCGGCGCUGGUUUGUCCUGAAGGCAAACCUGCUUUUCUACCAGGAGCGUCCCGCUGACCGACACCUGCUGGGUGUCAUCGUGCUGGAGGGAUGUGCAGUCCGGCGCUCUGAGUCUGAUGUACAGUUUGCUUUUUCCCUGGUGUUUGAAGGGCCGGGACUCAAAACCUACAGAUUUGCAGCAGGGGAUGGUCAGACUCAAGAGAGCUGGGUGAAAGCUCUGCUCUCAGCCAGCCACUGUUACCUCUCCCUGCUGGUGAGAGACUUGGGGAGGCAGUAUGAAGAAGCUAAACAGCAACGAGGCUCUGCUGAGUCCCGUCACAGCUCCUUCUUCAAGCAGUCCACCACCAACUUCUCCUUCCCUGUGCAGGGGCCAACAGCUGAGGUCAGGGAGGGCAGAAGCUUCAGCGCCAGCACUGUUUUACAAGCACCGUCAAUACCCACCAAAGCAGUGGCUAAAAAGUCUCCUAAACUGUGGCCCAGGAGAAACGCUCACGUCACACCACUCAAUGGACCGGCUCCUUUGUAUGGCGAAUGGCCUCUGGUGGGUUUUAAUCCACUCGAGGACUUCAGCACACUUCAUGAUUACUAUGGCCAGGAAGUGAAGAAAGCGAGAGAGGAAUGGCGGAGGGGUCAACGAGCAGAAGAGGAACACAUUGAUGGAGAUCUCAUCGACCUGGGGUGAAAGAAAACCUACAUCUCACUUCCAUGUAAGAGGAAGUGAAAUAAUGCGUGUCAAAAAGGAACUGAACCUGAAGUGUUGUGGGUUCAACUGUAUAUUUCAGAACAUCAAGUUUGAGGCCCAGACACCUGUAAAUGUGCUAAAUGUUCCCUCCAUCUCAUAUGAGUUCAGAUCAUUUCUAUCUUAGAUUUGUUUUACAGAAAAUUGGAUAUUUCUUGAUCCCAAAGUGUCCAUGGCAUGCAUCAAAGAACAAGGAUUAGAAGUGCAGCUGGUGUCUGCACAUCUGGAUCAUUUGGACAUGAAGCAGUUAUUUACAUGGUGCAAAUGAUAAUUUCAUCCAUGGUAUAAAAAUACUUUAUGAAGAAGACGUUUGAAGCAGUGUUAAGCACAGUAUUAUAUAUUUUUCAUUAACUGAAAAAAUUUAUUCUUUCGAUCAAGAUCCUAUGAUACAAACAAACAUUACUUUUUAGUUCAGAGCAUAAAAGAAAACGUUACUGGAAGAUUCACAAGAAAUCAUUACACAAAUUUUAUAAUUUACAUUUUGUCAAAAUGUCAGCCAUGAAAAAGGCCCUCUAUCCUUGUUUGUUCUGCUACUUAACCUGCACACCUGCUAAUAAUUGCAUUGAAGAUGUUUCUGUAUAUUUCCAUCCUGAGCGGUAUAGUAUUCAAAUUAUGCCAGUUUGUAUCUAUGGCAUAGAAAGGCUCUCUAAUGCAGUAUUAAGCAAAUAGUAUUAUAUAUUUUUAUUGCAUGAAAAAUAAAAAUUGUUGACUGAAAUGUCUCAUAAUUAGUUGGUUGAGCCAUACAUAUGUCAUAUAAAAUAACAUUCUGAUACACAAAAUACAAUGAGAAACAACUAUUUAAAAUUUUAGUCCAGAUUGUGAAGUUUGAUACAUUCCCUCUCAUGACCUGAUUCAGCAUGUUAAGCAAGCAGUCUGCAGGUCCUUUGGAAAGCUAUCUUUCUGCAGGAACAUUGUGUUGAGUUAAAACCAACUCAACCUAGAAGGGUGUUGUCUCCCUUAUACACCGUGUAAAGUACAAGUGUCUACAGCCUUCCCAGUUAAACUUUACUCAACAUAACCAAUUUGGAGGGGGCCGAAAAAUGACUCGGUGUGGCCACAAGGCACGGAAAUGCCCUUCCCAAGGUCCUAGAACCUCAACCCUCACCCUCAGGUCCUAGAGCCUUGGAAGUGGGCUUUACCCCCACUAAAGCGGUCAUUGCAGUCCGAUUGGUAUCAAUCCCGAGCGAAACGGUGAUCGUCUAAAAUGUUUUGAA